AGACCAUCUGUAGGCUUUUCCUUCUAACCAGUGCCUCUCUCUCUCUCUCUCUUUCUUUCUCGCACUUCACUGCCUUACCGUACCCUGAAGGAAUAACAACGUCUAUUCUCUCUCUUUACUCUCUCUAUUUCUCUUUUCACAGUAAAGAGUUGGUCGGUCGGAGACAUGUUGUCGGAGAGAUGCUCAGUUUCAAGCUCUUCGGGUUCGUCUUCAACUUCUGCGUCGGCGGGGGGGAUGUUUUAUGAAGGUGCGGAUCGGAUGGUGGAGAGAGAGCUUGAGGCGGCGGAGACUCUGGCGGAUUUGGCACAUUUCGCUAUGCGCGAGUGUUCCGGCGCUGAAUCCGCUGGGAAUUGGGGUCAUAAAGGCAAGCGUGCAGGCAAGAGAGUCAAGAGCAAGUCUCCUCCCACUGAGUUGGGUUUGAACCCGGGUCACCCGGUGACACGUUCCUUGGAUCUCGCGGAGCAGGAUAAAGCAGUAGUAAAUCAUCAGAAACUUGGAAAACUAUGCAGUGAUGCACUCAAAGAACCAGUGAAGGCGGAACAGAAUCCUAGCAAUAAAAAGUUGAAGGUUGAGCGGGAUGCUGUAUUACCUAAGCCAAGUCCUAUAUGCUCUACAAGUUACCCAGCAUAUGGAUGUGGCAAGUCAAGGCGGAAUUUGUCGGAGGCUGAAAAGGAAGAAAGGAGAAUACGCAGGGUUUUAGCAAACAGGGAGUCAGCGAGGCAGACAAUUCGCCGAAGACAGGCUUUGUGUGAGGAGUUGACCAGAAAAGCUGCUGAUUUAUCGCAGGAGAAUGAAUAUUUAAAGAGGGAAAGGGAGUCGACAUUAAAAGAAUAUCAGUCGUUGCAAACCACAAACAAACACCUAAAAGAUCAGAUAUCCAAGAUAAAGGCUGAGGUAGAGGAAACUCCCAUCAGCCAUAAGCCAGGGAGUGUUCAGAUAUCUCCAUCUCCACCUACAAGCUGCUCAUUGUUCUUCUAUAACCAUCCAUCUUUUACACCACUUUUCUGGCCUUCUAUCUCUCAAUCUCCAAACUCUGUUCAACCGCAACACAUACAACAGAAUCCAAUCAUCAUGCCAUCAGACAUUCCUUUGCCAGCCAAUGGUAGGCAUGAUUCUUAUCAUGAGCAAGAAAACCUCAUUAAUAUUAAUGGAGCAAGAACUCCCUUUUAUAUAUUUCCAUGUCCUUGGCUCUUUCCUCGCCCUGAUCAUAAGAAUGCAUUCCAACCUCAGGUGCCCUAUUUCCCAAAAAAAGAAGAAGAGGAAACCUCUGUUAAUAACCAGUACAGUACCACUUCUUCCUCGAGGACUGUCCCACAUUUGGAUAGCCACCAUUCAUUCUUGCCCCUUAAAGUCAAAACAGAAGCGUCUGCCUCAAUGGAAGCUGGACCUGCAAAUGAUUUUCAUGAAAUUUCAGCUGGCUUUUCUCAAGAUGGAGUAGAUCAACAUAUAGGAUCUCAGCCUAGAGAUAGAGAAUGGUCCUUUAUUCAUGUACCUAAUGUCAAGCAAGAGAAUGGGCUUCAAUUAGAUUCCACAACCCACAUUGAAACAUCUUCUAAAGCUUUUCACACUUCAGGUGCUUUUCCAGAAAAAAGUGGUGAACGAACCAUCUUACCAACUAAGAAAGUGGCAGAUGCAGUUGCUGCAGCUGAAGCAAGGAAGAGGAGAAAGGAACUCACAAAGCUAAAGAACCUUCAUGGCCGUCAGUGUCGGAUGCAUUGUUGAGCUUUUACACAAAUAUUUUGUUAAGAAUGCUGUUCCCUAAUCAUUAUGUUUGUUCAGUGCUUUGAUAUUCAGGAUCCACUGGAGGCCAAACCCAAAGUCAGCGGUAUUUAAACCAUUACCAUGGGAGGCUGAUGAAGAAUCGGAAGUUAGCUUGUCACAUGGUGUACAUGUCAGAGGUUUUCUUUUUUCUUCUAUGAUGCUUGUGAGCAUGGAGGCAACUGAUUUUUUGCUGCCCAUUUGUUUUGCAUGGGUAGCCUCAUGCUCAAAGCUUCAAAACAUGAACUGCAGUAAUACUCUCAGAAUCUAUUUGUAAUUUGUCUUGACAAUUUUAGUAGGAAAGUGAGUGGCGUCAACAAGCAGUUUCUCAAGGCAAUCAGUUGGAAGAGGUAGCAAGUUUAACAAUGUGAAAUUCCACCAAUGUUCCGUAACUUGAGUCCCAACGUUGAAAUCUUUUCGUGGGAAGUAGAAUAUGAGGUUGAGUUGGGAGAUUGAAGAUCUUGUUUUGGUUAUUUCAUGUCUUCUUUUAGUUCUGUCAUUUCUGCACAAUUUUGGGUAAUAUGACUUAGCUAUUAUAAUUCUAAUUUUUAUGCUAAAGUUUGUGAACUGCGAAUUAAUAGAUUAUGCACCAGCUGUUUCUGAUGUGCUACUGAA